GCCAAGGAGAGGCAAGCAAGAGAGGGGAGAAAAGACAUUCUUUUUUCUCUUCUGUGGUCUUUGAAAAGCAAGGCAACAGCAUCUUUAGACAAGAUGUGCUCCUACAGGAAUUUAAGUGGAAGAGACAAAGAAACCAUGCCACCAGCAGCAUCGGAGGAAAAAACUGAAACCAAGCAAUGAGGAUUCAGUCCAGAGAAUCUGAAGAGAAGAAGAAGCAAACUGGCAAAGAGAGAUCAGUCAGGAAAUAAUUAAUGUAGAAAGGGAUACAAAAAAUUUGGUGUUUGUAACAUUUUCACAGCAGCAUCCCCAUAAAGAAAUUGUGUUCUGGAAUUUCCAUCAGGGAGUGACGAUUACAGAGCACUACGAUUAAGAUCCAAACAACAUCCUCAGUGCUGCAGCUUCUCCAAAGAACAUCUUCCCUUUCCACAGGGAGAUCUGCAUCGAGAGAGGAAAAAACUCCCAAGCAACAUCCUGAUGGGAAUAACCGUCCAAAACAUCACAGGAAACACAGCAAUGGUAAUUUGGCCGAAAAUGGCCGGUUGCGUCGACAGCUUUUACAGCAUCAUGUACCACCCUAACUGGAACAGCAUGCUAUCCAGCUACUCCAGAAAGAGCUUCCAGAAGGAAGAGAGGGUGCCCACCACUCGCUCCUCCUUUGUUGUGGAAAACCUGACUCCCCUCACAACGUACAUCAUGUGCGUGACCUGCCAGUCCGCAAACCCCUCCAGCGACCAGUGCAGGGUUUUUAACACUCUGGAACGAGACCCGGCAUCGGCAAGCAACACCAAGAAAGAGCUGGCGCUGGGCAUCUGGCUCACCAGCAGCGUCCUGCUCCUCAUCAUCGCCGCAGUCCUGCUCUACGGCUGCCUGCACCUCCUGUGCCGCAGGAGGCACGAGCGUUUGCAAGAGCGGAACAGGGCCUCCAAAGAAGAGCAUGAGCAGCCAUGGACCAAAAGUGUGGCGUACACCUCAGAUGAGUCCAGCAGGCAGAGCCAGCAGCCACAGGAUGCUGAGGAAAAGCACCCAGGUGGCAUCCAGCUGGCCACAAUCAUAGAAAAUCCCUCGGUGUGCAAUGAGCCCGUCAUGCCACCUUCUAAAAGUCAGGAACGAGUCCCAGUGACAGGACAGCGCUCUGCUACGAAUUAGAAAUGUUUUGUCCAGGAGAAGGUUUUUGCUACACAAGGUACCCCAGCUACUUCAAACACAUCACACGCACUGUUGGUGCUCACAACAGGGAGCUCCGACCGCUCACUACAGCGCUCCUGGCUGUAACUCUGAUGACAAACCCUUUUCCCAACAGCCUGUGUGCAAAGGUUCCCAUGCCCAAGAAGUAAGCACUUCAGCCACCCUCCAUUAUUUAAAAAUGAGGCUUGUAGCAAGUAAUUGUUUUACAUUUCAAGGGAUUUUUUUGUUGCUUUUCUUUAAUCUAAAACAGCAAACAAAUAUAAAAAGUAAUCAAAAGCGAUCAAAAGAAUUUUUGUUAACUAGCACAAUAAACCUGAGCAGGAGUUUUCAGAUGGCAACCCAGACUGCUAGACUAUAGGCAACUGGAACAUACACACGGAGUGCAGUGGUUUGCCAGUUUUACCCUGACAAACCCAGCUGCUUCCCAACACACACACUACAAGCAGUACUACACUCAGACAACAUGCUUCACUGCCCAGGGUGUUGCCCAUCCCUCCCAUUUGCACUGAGGUCAGUCUCAGAAUGUAAACUAAACUCAGCAAGAUUUUAAUUGUAUCCUUUAAUCUGUCUUAUCUUCUCUCUGUGUAAAUACAUGCAAGAUACUGACUUUGUAUCCCUCCUAAUUAAGGAAAUAUCCUGGCUUAUCACAUUUGCACUACUCUGCUCCCACCACAAGCAACCUUCUGCUCCAUGGGCCAGUGGCUCCCUGCAGAGGAAAUGGAACUCAGAGAUGAAGCUCUGGGCCCUUCCUUUACUCUUUCCCUUUCAGUUUUAAUGAUAACGUGCAUUAAUCGGCUGCAAAUUUCUUUCCAAUUGCACAGUACCUUCUGUGUAACGAAGGGGGACAAAAUAGUAAAAACAAGCCAAAAUGCAUUUUAUUUUUGUAACAAGAAAACCUGCUGAUCAUCUCACUCUGCCUUGAGCUUCAUGGCAAAGUGCCAAGGUCCUUCAGAGAGAAAUCUGUUCACCCUCACAACGUGACAAAUGGUGUCUGAUUUACAUGUAAAAGUUACCCUGUCUUAAACCUUUUAAGUGCAUUUGUGUUCCAUAAAAACAUAAUAAAUCUUAGUAUUGCUGUAUAUGACACCUAAAAUGACAAAGGUGCACUGUGACUGCAGGCACUUAAUUGCUCUUGGUACGAACGUAUGUGUGAAGUCUCUGACACAGCUCAGUUGUACCAGUAAAGGCUGGAGAACUGCUGGCUGGGCAACUGCCAUCCCUCUCCACCAGGCCCUAGGAGCUAAGGGGAGGUACAAUUUUGGCAAGAGAGCUCCCCAUGAAUAUUUCACAGCAGGUAGCGGAUCUUUUCAGCUACUCUAUUUUGACAACAAUUCCCACGACUUGUGAAAUGCAUCGACUCUCAGAGUGCUAGGGAGAAGCUGCCAUAAGUGUGAUGAAUCUUCUUUACUUUCUUUUUUUUUUUUUUUUGAGUAGGAUAAGCAUGACACACAGAAACGUCUGCUGAACGGGGGCGAGUAUGACUUUCAGAAAACACUUCAAAAGGCAUUUUGAUUGUGUGAAGGUAGCAACAACGUGUUCUCCACCUGCUGUGGAGCACUUCCUCCAGCUGACACGUUUUCCUUUGUCUUGCACAUCAGUCUCAAAUAAACUGUGAGAAUAACAGUUCUCUGCUGUUUCAGAUGACGGUGUUACAUGAAAUAGGCACUGAAAAACACUCAUCAGAGCAUGAAGCCAACACAACAGGUUUACUGCCAAAAAGGGGUGCCUGGGUAACGAGGACAGAAAGAAUGCUUUAAAAUUAUCUUGUAAUCAAAUUGACAGUAACACUUCUCUGAUUAGGUUUUCAUCAAAAUGAUUAUUUUAAUAUUAAAGGGAUGAAGCCAAGAGACACACA